UUUUGUAAUGACUUGUGCAGUGUGGUAGUGACGUCAGGAACCCAACACACGUGGUCGUAGAUAUUUGAAUUUUUUUAUAUGUGUCGAAAGAGGCGUGUUAUUUUAGGAAUUUUCAGUGACAGUUUAUCGGUUUUUACUUUGAUAGCCAGGAAGUACAGGAGAAGGAAUUAGAUUCAACCAUUGUUCUCCAAAUGGAGUUGGUGUACAAGUGCAAAUGACCAAUUUCUGUCGAAGACUGGUGAAAGAUUUUCCUUUUUCAAUCCCACACAGAGCAGAGCAAAAUUAAACUUUAAUCAGCAGUUUAUUCAAUCCAGUGUGAAAUGUAGAAUAUAAGCCAGUGCACUGUGAGUGGUUGUGACGUUUCGUCAAUUAGUCCAUUCAACACUUUUAACAAUGCACCUGAAGAAAUAUCACAAAAGGAGCAUUCACAAUUUUUGACAAUGCAGAACACAGCAGAAGGAAGCCAAUUGCACUCAACCGAGUGUGUAAAAAUAACUCCCCUUAUAGACAAUCAUUUCGAGCCAGCUCAUUUUGCAGUUGGAGAAAACCCCAUGGAAAAUCAUGUUUCAGAAGAUUGCCUCGUCAUGUUCAAAGAACCUACACCAUCGGUGGUGAUGCACGACGAAACGUCGUAUACAAAUCUGAGACCAUCAAACAUUAAUCAGCAACCAGUUCCUCCUCUUAUCUUAAUUGACGGAGCAUUGUCAGCCGAACCGCUUUCUCUCGAAAUUGAUCAACCGGAAAACGACCAGGAGCAACAAUCAAGUAAUGGACUGCUCCUUCAAGCCAUGACUGGCAUCGCCGACAUAAUUGAACUGGAACCAACUUUGCCUAGAUCUAACUUGAUUCUAAGUAAAAUGCCGCCUCUUGUCCCGAUAAGAGAAAAUGUCGAUUGUCCCAUCCCAAUUGCUGAAGAGGAUUUUUUAUUGGAGUCCCCUACCAAUAAUGUUAUUCUUUCUCCGGAAACUAAGUUAUUGUUGAGCGAGCAGAUGCGGAAACAUGUCCAACUUUUGACCCAAAUGCACUUAUUCACCGCUCAACAAUCAGCUUUGACUUCUGUGACAAAAGAAUGCCAAAAAAUGCUACAGGACCUAAUCCCGUUUAAGCAACGAAUGGGUAUUGCCAACCUAGAUGAAGCCCUUGAUUUGGUCACUCACUGGGAGAAUGUGGUGUCCAAAUCUGAACCGGAAGAAUUCUGUAGAUAUCAAAGACCAGAAGGGGUUACCUUUGGGGAGAGACAAGAUCCGAAUUUUUUCAAUCCGAAACUGGUGGAAAUGAUGGGAGAAAGUCGCGUCUUUAUGUACCCCGAUUUACUUCCCAAACUCGCCAUCAAUCAAACGGAACCAGGAACCGGUCUGCGUUGGUUUUCACCUUACGAAGAUCAGCUAAUUGCUAUGGGAAUUGAGCAAUUUAUUCCUUUUUGUACAAAUCUGUCAAUCGACUGGUGGUACUCCCUGGACUAUUUGGUAUCUUCCAUGAUAUCGAAACACAUGCUACCCCAAUGGACUGCCGAGCAAAUACAAAUGCGAGUAAUGAACAAUUGCCUAGAGACAUCACCUGCAAACCCGAUUAAGUAUUACCAGGAGAAUAAAGUAGCUCCGCCCCUUGAACACGUUAUCCGUCCAUUCUACUCUACAAGAAAAUUACGUAAUUUCUCUCCAUCAUUGUUACCGGACCAUUGGCGAAAAUUGCUUGUCAAAAGUCCAGUGGAAGUGACUUCUCCUGUUUCCAGGUUUCCAGCAAAUCAACUGCUUUGCAUCGCUUCGAUCGCUUCAUUCUCUAGGACUUUUCCAGCAAGAAUUGUCAAUAGUCAAGCAUUCGCAGGUGUUCCAGAGCUGAUUUUUUCUUCGUCGCAAAUUCCUUCACUGCCUGAUCAACAUCCUCCAUCAUUAAUUCCCUUGUACCAGCAAAGACACAAGCCUGUUUGCAAGAGGCGAAGAUUUCUGCGAGAUUUCUCCACUGAAGCAAAGAAGUCGCCAUUCCCUUGAAAAUGAACUUAAGGUGCCUUAAGGAAAAGCAAUGUAAUCUUAUUAAUUACAUGUCUUUUAUCUUUAUGUUUAAUUUGUAUUUUUUGAUAUCGUCGGACAAUUAAGUCAAAAAGUUUUUGAUCCAUGUUUGAAUUAGUCAUUAGUGUUAUUUUUUUUACUGUUUUAUUUUUAGUUUUCGUUUAUCAAAAAAUAAGAAGGAUAACCUCGAAAUAAAAUGUUUUGUUGGGA